GUUUGGAAGAUGGCUGAUUUUGCAGAUCAAAUCUAGGCUAAUAGCUCUAGUUUUGGCUCUUGAACUCGCCUUUGUGGAGUAGGGGGCGUGGGCAAUGUCAAUAGAGAUCAAACUUUUCCGACCUAACCGCAUCUAUUUUCCCGCCGAACCUCUUGAAGGCAAAAUCAUCCUGAAGUCACCCUCUUCAAUUUCUCACUAUGGGAUUCGCCUCACUCUCGACGGAUCCGUCAACCGGCAGGUUCGGGGAGGCUCAGCAGGAGCAAUUGAGGCCUUGUAUGGUGCUGUCAAGCCUAUACGCAUUGUGAACAAGAGUGUUGAGAUUAGACCUGCCGGAAAGAUUGGUUCAGGUACAACUGAGAUACCAUUUUCUGUAAUUCUGAGGCAGCAAGGAGAUGAUAGAUUUUAUGAAACCUUCCAUGGGGCAAAUAUCAGCAUCCAGUAUCUGGUAACUGUAGAUGUAAUGAGAGGAUACCUAUAUAAAUCAUUAUCUGCUACAAUGGAGUUUAUAAUUGACAGUGAUAAAGCUAAUCUUUUUGAGCCACCAGUUCCUCCUGAAAUGGUCAUCUUCUACAUCACUCAGGACACACAAAGACAUCCACUACUUCCUGAGUUAAGAUCAGGUGGAUUUCGAGUGACUGGAAAAGUGUCCUCUCAGUGUUCUUUGUUAGAUCCUAUCAGCGGUGAGCUAAUAGUAGAAGCAUCUGCAGUUCCCAUUCAUUCCAUUGAUCUUCAACUGCACCGUGUAGAGUCAAUUCUUGUUGGAGAGAAGAUUGUAACUGAAAGCUCUUUGAUUCAGACAACGCAGAUAGCAGAUGGAGACGUGUGUCGUAGAGUGACCAUUCCAAUCUAUGUUAUUCUUCCUCGUCUUUUGACUUGUCCGACAGUCUUAGCUGGUCCAUUUUCAAUUGAGUUCAAAAUCUCCAUCGUCAUUACCUUCGAGUCAGAACUGGUGAAACUGCAUCCAAAAUCCGAUCCCAAAACUCCCAGACUCUGGCUGGCAAUGGAAACUAUACCACUGGAACUGAUUCGAACAAAGUGAGAUGAUCUGCAUCUCCCGAUCAAGACGAAGAAAACUAUGCAUGAUUUUUUUUUUUUCAUUUUAAAUUGUUAAGAUACCCUUUGAUGAUAUAUCUGCGGAAUAAUCACUGCAGAUUGUUUAUGCUUUUAGUUUUGUGAAGUACAUUUAUCGAGUUUUGGGAUCUAAAUUUUGAAUCUUGUGAGCAGCAUAUUCACAGUGAAAAACAUCAUAUUGAUAGA